ACAGACGCGGUACCAUUCGGGAUGCAUGAGUCCAUUUGAAACAGACUUUGCCCCAAAUCCACUUGAACGAGCAGAGGAGCCGCCGGCGUGCGAGUGAAUGUCCGCCGGUCUCCCAGCGCCCUCCGCGCCCGCGCCGGUGAUGCCAUGCCGCGGGGUCACGGCGGUGACGAGAGCGGCGGCGGCGGCGGCGGCGGCUUCGGUGUCGUCGGCUCCGGAAUUUGGCUCAAGACUUCCCCGGGACGCUCGGCGAAGGAUGUGGAGUUCGGCCAUAGGACGAUGAACCACGCGGUUCGGACCGGGACCGGGGACGGACUGGGGCUAGGGCCGCCGGGCGCCGCCGACAGAGGGAAGCAGGGCGCCCGUCUCAGCUUGCUGGGCAAGCCACUGACGUACAGCGCGCAAGGCGGCAGGAGAAACGCGCGCUACCGCUGGCUCCAGAAUUACCUGUACAACGUCCUGGAGAGACCUCGGGAGUGGGCGUUCGUCUAUCACGCAUUUGUGUUCAUCCUGGUUUUUGGAUGCUUGGUCUUAUCUGUGUUUUCUACCAUUCCUGCUCACCAAGAGUUCUCCUCACACUGUCUUCUCAUUCUGGAGUUUGUAAUGAUCGUCGUCUUCGGUCUGGAGUACAUCAUCCGAAUAUGGAGCGCCGGCUGCUGCUGUCGCUAUCGAGGCUGGCAAGGACGCCUCCGCUUUGCCCGAAAGCCAUUUUGUGUCAUCGACAUCAUCGUGCUGAUCGCCUCGGUCGCCGUGGUUUCCGCCGGCAGCCAGGGCAACAUCUUCGCCGCCUCGGCCUUGCGUAGCCUGCGCUUCUUGCAGAUCGUGCGCAUGGUGCGCAUGGAUCGGCGGGGAGGCACUUGGAAGCUGCUGGGAUCGGUUGUCUAUGCACACAGUAAGGAGCUGGUGACAGCUUGGUACAUCGGUUUCCUGGUUCUUAUCUUCUCCUCCUUCCUGGUCUACCUGGUGGAGAAGGAAGACAACAAGGAAUUUGCCACCUAUGCUGAUGCACUGUGGUGGGGCACGAUCACACUGACCACCAUCGGCUACGGUGACAAGACACCGCAAACGUGGACAGGGAGGCUGUUGUCUGCCGGCUUUGCGCUCCUGGGAAUUUCUUUCUUUGCUUUGCCUGCUGGAAUCCUGGGCUCAGGUUUCGCCCUGAAGGUACAGGAGCAACAUCGGCAGAAGCACUUUGAAAAGAGAAGGAAUCCUGCUGCCAGCCUCAUACAGUGUGUCUGGCGUAGUUACGCUGCCGAUGAGAACUCGGUUUCCGUUGCAACCUGGAAGCCUCAUUUGAAGGCGUUGCAUACCUGCAGCCCUGCCAAGAAAGAGCAGGGCGAGACGGCUUACAGUCAAAAGCUGAGCUUCAAGGAACGAGUUCGCAUGGCGAGCCCGCGAGGUCAGAGCGUCAAGAGCCGCCAGGCGUCCGUCAACGACCGCCAGCGCUGUUCCCCCGGCAACGAGACGGCGAGCGGUGAGCUGAUGGGCCAAAGCCCCGCCAAGGUGCAAAAGAGCUGGAGCUUCAACGAUCGCACGCGUUUCCGACCCUCGCUCAGACUCAAGAGCCAGACGCGCAACACGCCUUCAGAUGAUGCCGGCAUGACCACGGAAGAUUCUCAGGACGAGCGAGGCUGCCACUGCGACGUCACGGCUGAGGACCUGUCCGCUCCCCUCAAGGCGGUCAUCAGAGCUGUCAGAAUCAUGAGUUUCCACGUGGCCAAAAAAAAGUUCAAGGAGACGCUGCGUCCGUAUGAUGUGAAGGACGUGAUUGAGCAGUACUCGGCGGGACACCUGGACAUGCUGUGUCGCAUCAAGAGCCUUCAGACCAGACUAGACACAGUUGUAGGUCCUGCUCCGAGGCCCCUCAGCAGGCACGCCAAGACCUUUUCCUCCCCGUCCUUGCAUUUGUAUUACGGUCAGGCCCGAAGGAAGUCCUCUGCACCGGGGCAAGCCAACUUGAGUAGUCGUCUCAGGAACAUGUCCUCUCCCGCCCUGCAUUACAAUUACGGCAACAGGAAGAAGAACUCGGCUUCAGGGGUGGAUCAAAUCCUGGGAAAAGGCCAGGUUGCCGUGGAUAAGAAGAUUAGGGACAAACUCAACCCGGAUGGAGAUACUCACGAUGGCGUCAGCAUGCUGGGACGGGUGUGUAAAGUGGAGAGGCAGGUUUCUUCCAUCGAGUCCAAGCUGGACUCCCUCCUGGACGUGUACCGCCAAGUCCUGCAGCGAGGUCCGUCGGGGCUGGCCUUGUCCUCCCUGCCCCUCUUUGAGCUGCAGCGGCACCGCGACUCCGAUUACCCGACUUCCAUCUUGGACCGAGACCCGCCCUCCCCGCAGGGAAGCGACGGCAACAUCCACCCGAGGGGUCUGCGGCUUAUCCUAGCCCCGGCCGACAGUGACGAGGGUCCUCCGGACUCCGCGCCCCCAUCCUACCCGCCGUCCACCGCCUCGCUGUCUCCGUCGCCCCUGCUGCCGCCCGACAGCCCCUACCCGACGCUGGUCACCCCCAACGGCACCAGGCGGGCCCACUUCCCCGACCUGCCUCCUCCGCCUCCUUCCGGAGGGGGCUUUACCCUCCAGCUGCCUCCCGUCACUCACCCCUCCCACCUCCGCUACCCCGUCUCGGAUGCCGCGGUGACACGCGGGGGCGGCCCGGCCCCGUCCGUGGUGGUGGGACCCGGAGAGGAGUCCGGUUUCGUGCAGCUCCGGGAGAAACCCGGCUGCAAAUCGGACGCCGCCUGGAGGCGCCACGUGAGCCUGGAGGUGGAACCCCUGCUCACGCUGUCGCCGGGCAGCGUCCCUUCCGCGUCCGAUUGGGGGGGCGCCCUCGGGAAGUCCCUCUCCAUGCACGAUCUCAAUCGACACGGGGCUGACGACUGGAGCGGGAGUGGACUCUUCAUUUGCGAGCGCAAACUGGGCGCCGCUGGCGACCGUUCGGACUCUGACGUGAGCCCCGCCGCUGCCCGGGAUUCGCGCCCUUCAGAUUUCCUGGCUCAGUCCCCGCAUAUCCAGCUGGCCUGAUCGCACACACUCACAGUCAAUCACUCAAUGCCACUCUUUGGGAAGCCACUUAAGAAGCCUUUUUACACGAAAUGACAUUUUUCUCGCUUGUGAAUGUACAAUUUCUUGCUCCGUUUUGUUCAUUUUCAUCAACUUGGUUUCACAAUGUGUAUUUGUACUUCAUACACAAAACUAGCACGCUAGAGCAAAAGUAAAAAGUUAUGUAUAAUGGGGCUAUCAGAAGCCCUGUCACAAAAAACAAAAAAAUUAAGACCCCUUCCAAAAAGGUUUGUAAUUUACAGCCCUAAUUCCAGUGAAGUUGGGAUGUUGUGUUAAACAUAAAUGAAAACAGAAUAGAAUAAUUGAUUCCCAUGUUCAACCCAUAUUUAAUAGAAUGUCACAGGGGUGCAACCGGGUUUGCGGGCGUAAAGUGGGCGGGGUUGAAUGAGGGGAGGGUCACAUUGAAAGGUA